UCUUUUCUCUCUUCAGGUCCAGUCGUCCAGCGCCAAAAUGGGCCCUCCUCAGAUGAAAGCGAGGCACAGAGGAGGAUGAUGGAGCAACAUCAGAUGCACAAGGAGAGGGAGCGACGAACGUCAGGAUCAGUCGUUUCCACUCUCCAAUAUAAAGUGUCCACCCCUCCCACCCACCCAGACACUCCUCCCGAGUACAGACAGUACAGAGCUAGCACACUGCCACCAUCCUACGUCCGUGUGGCCUCCUCCUCUCCUCCCUCCUCCUCCACCUCCUCCUCUCCCUCUCAGGAGAAAGAGGUGGGGGCUGCUAGGGACAGGGCCCAGCUAUCCUCCCAGCUCUCCACCUCCCUCGCCUCAGCCUUUUCCCCAGUCCAGGCAGGAGUGACCACCCAGGGCCGACAGGUCCGUCAGAUCCCCCUGUCUCCUCCCACCGCAGCCCGCCACCUACACCUGCAGCAACAGCAGCAACAAGACAUCAUGCUCCCCCCUAAACACGGCACCUGGUCCGCCUCCCAUUUGCAGCAAAUGUACGCCCAGUUGCCCCCUUCCGCCUCCCCUCCAGUUAUGAUGGCCAUGCCCGUGAAGCAGGGUCUGCCCCAACAGCCCACCCUCCCUUUGGCUCACCCCCUUCCUCCCCUGAGCACUAGGAUGAAGCCCCCACCGAUUGACCCAAAUGCCGUGACGGGCCAUCACCAGUACCCCCAGCACCAGCCCCACCCUCACUCCAACGGCCAGCCAGACGGCUCCUACUCUCCUCACUCUCAGCAUCUACCACUCACCCCGCAGUACUGCGAGGCCAUCCCCUUGCCUCCUCUGAUAGGUCAGACAGCCCCAGGCCCCGCCCCCAGCCAGCAGCCCCAGUACCCAUCCACCUUCCACCCUCAGCAGCAACCGCAUCCGCAACAACAGCAGCAGGUGUACCACCAGCAGGCCCAGCCCCCCACCACCACUUCCUCCUCCUCCUCCUCCUCGCCCCCCUCUUACACUGCCAUGUCUGACGGGGGCUCACCCAAGAAGACC